AUGGUGGGCUAUGAUAAAGCGGCUUACAUGGCAAAACCUCUAUUGCUCGUUCACUUUGCAUGAGCGAUGACCCAACGCCUAGAAGAGAAGCAAGGAUCUUCCUUCUGGUUCUGGAUAAUCCAAUCACAACCCAGAGAGUAGCAGAGAGAGAGAGAGAGACCUCCAACAAUGGAAAUUCCCACUCUGAACCUAUCAUCUUCAACUCUAAACCCAUCCCAAAACCAGACCCGUCUCCUCAAAUCUCCCCCUUUCUUCUCCAAUACCCAAAUCUAUGGCCUCUGUUGCAAGAGAAGGCUGUCCCUUUCAAUCACUUGUAAGCUCAAGGCGACCAGGGAGAAGAGGCUGAGAGAAGAUAGCAAGAAUGUGGCCAAGAAGUUUUCGGUCUCUGAGGGGGCUCCCUCCACCUCAGACGGCGCCGGAAAUGGCCGGCCACCGGCGAACGAUUCAGCCGGCAGCUUCAAGUUUUUCAAGAAGUUCCCAAGAAAGGUUUUGUCGGUUUUGUCUAAUUUGCCUUUGGCCAUCGGGGAAAUGACCUCCAUUGCUUCUUUAAUGGCCCUUGGAACUUUUAUUGAUCAAGGCGAGGCGCCAGAUUUCUAUUUUCAGAAAUUCCCUGAAGAUAAUCCUGUGCUUGGAUUUUUUACUUGGAGAUGGAUUCUCACCCUUGGCUUCGACCAUAUGUUCUCAUCCCCACUUUUCCUCUCACUGUUGGUUCUUCUGGCAGCAUCGCUCAUGGCCUGUACAUAUACCACACAGAUCCCCCUGGUCAAGGUAGCAAGAAGAUGGUCUUUCUUGCACUCAGCAGAGGCCAUUAGCAAGCAGGAAUUUGCAGAAACACUGCCUCGAGCAUCACUUGAGGAUUUGGGCAUCAUUUUGAUGGGAGCUGGAUAUGAGGUUUUCUUAAAAGGAACGUCUUUAUAUGCCUUCAAGGGGUUAGCAGGUCGGUUUGCUCCUAUUGGAGUCCACUUGGCAAUGCUGCUGAUAAUGGCAGGUGGAACCAUGAGUGCUGCUGGGAGUUUCAGAGGUUCAGUCAAUGUUCCUCAGGGUCUGAACUUCAUUGUCGGUGAUGUGUUGGGACCAAGUGGCUUUCUUUCCUCUCCAAUGGAAGCUUUCAAUACCGAAGUGCAUGUCAACAGAUUCUACAUGGACUACUACGACAGUGGAGAGGUUCAGCAGUUUCACUCUGAUCUCUCUUUAUUUGACAUUGAGGGGAAAGAGGUGAUGAGGAAAACAAUAAGUGUGAAUGACCCAAUGAGGUAUGGUGGAAUCACCAUAUACCAGACAGAUUGGAGUCUUUCGGCUCUACAAAUUCUGAAGGAUGAUGAAGGGCCUUUCAAUUUGCCUAUGGCACCGUUAAAACUCAAUGGGGAUAAGAAGCUUUUUGGGACCUUCCUACCUGUUGGGAAUCCCGAGUCUCCUGAUGUCAAGGGAAUAUCAAUGCUCGCACGUGACCUGCAGUCGAUCAUUCUCUAUGAUCAACAAGGAAAAUUUGUAGGAGUUAGACGGCCCAACUCUAAGCUCCCUAUUGAGAUUGAUGGUGUGAAAAUCGUUAUUUUGGAUGCAAUUGGUAGUACUGGCCUUGAGUUGAAGACUGACCCAGGGGUGCCAGUUGUUUAUGCUGGCUUUGGUGCUCUAAUGCUCACCACUUGCAUCAGUUUUCUCUCUCACUCUCAGGUAUGGGCCUUACAAGAUGGAAGAACCGUUGUCAUUGGCGGGAAGACUAACCGAGCCAAGGUUGAAUUCCCGGAUGAGAUGAACCAUUUGUUAGAUCAGGUUCCAGAGAUAAUUGAACCAUCUCCUUCCCGCCAAUCUAACAGCUCUAGUGGCUAGUAGUUACCCACUUCAAUAUUGAAUGACAGUUGUUGACUUAUCAGCUGGAAGAAGAGACAGUCGACUGAAUUUCAUUGGACUAAUGCAGUUUAGAGGAAUCAAGAUUGAAUUUGAAAGAGCAAUCCAAGGGGCAUACUCAAUGCUAGUUAAGAGCCAAUGUGAUGGAGAGCAAAAGUUGAAGAAAAGUAGAAGAUUAUUCACAAAGCAAUCAGAUGGCAUUAACAACAUUGCUUGUUACUACAGUGAUAGAGGAAAGCCCACUCACGGCCUCCAGAGUCUAGCCUCCAGAUUGUGUAUGUUGUUCUCUUCCCCUCUUUCCCUUCUCUUAACCCUUUUUUUUUUUUUUUUCCACUUGCAUUAUUUUGUUUUACAAAAAUAUUGUAUUGAGCAAACAUAUUGAAGUAAAUAUGACAGGAGAACAUUUGGAUAUAUCAAAAAGAAUAAUACCUUAUGUUGUUUGACUUUCAGUUA